CGCCAUUUACCCAUAAGUUUCGACCGCUGCAUUCGAGAUUUAAUAUUCUCCGCCCUCACUUCCACUGUUCUCAACUCCAUUCUGAUACGGAACCUCGACCCGACCAUGGCUGAAACAACUACGCCCUUUCUCACGGGCUGGAACCGCCUGCCAGAUGAACUGAAGCUCCAAAUCCUUAAGGAGACUGUCCCUCGCGACACCUACUUCGCCUCGAGUUUCAAGAAAGAGAUCCCUCACUGGCGCCAUCGUCACGUCCGAGGUUCCUGGCGAACGAUGCUACCUCUCCUCUCGAUUCCUCAAAUUAAAGGCCUCGCCUUGGAGGCCUUCUACUCGCAGAACGAAAUGGGCAUCAUGAACAACGAGCUUCGUUCUUACAACUCUGAAGAGCGCAGUGUCAUCUACUACCCUCCACGAAACAUGCGCGAUUAUAUCACGAAACUCUACAUCCGCAGCUGUCCCAGUGUCCGAACCUUGGAACUUCUGAUAAACUUGGGAUCUGGCUCCACGGGCAUGAAUCACCUCCGUUCCGUCACGGUUGUUAUUAAUGGCUCGCUUCACUGGGGCACUCGUUCACCUGAACGCGCGGGUUUCCUGCAAAUCCUGGCUACUAUCGACAAGAUCGAGUUUCGAGCGCGCACGCUGAUGCUGAGGUACCUACAUGACAGUAACAUCCUCAAGAAAAAAAUGGACGACAUGGUAACCGAUGAUUUGGAUAUGCUCAUACUAGAGAAAUUCUCUCUUCAAGGACGACAAGAUAAGGUUGAAGAGGUGUGGACACGCUACAAGGGUCACGGGUCCCAGGAGGUAGACGCGUGGUCUACAGCCGAUCAGUCCUGCUGCGGCAGGAUAACGAGUAGAAUUUUGUCGAUCUGAGCACUGCGCGGAGUGAAGAUUGCGGCCGCUAGCGAGGACUAGCUAUAAACUGCGAUAGGAUAUCUACCCGGGUAUAUACAACUAAAACUACCAACUUUGUUAGAGCAGUCAGGAGAAGUUCCAACGGCACUAAACUCCUGACUCCCCCUUGUACAUUGAGGGCGGCAAUGUUUGAGGCUUCUCUGAGUUCUUUGUAGUGCAAUAGGGCGACGUGCUACUCUAUGAUGUUUGGAGUUUGUAGAGAGAACUCAAUGAGCAGGCCUUGGAUUUUUUCAAAAAACAGUGUGUAUCUUCUAUUGUAACAGGGCCUAGUC